AUGUUAUUCUGCCACCUCUUUAUUCUAAGUGAAGAAGAAGAAGAAGAGGAAGAAGAAGAGGAAGAAAUGGUCAUAACCAGACCAUUCGGAGGACCACACCCCAUCCUCAACAGGAACGAUUCCGAGGACAGGAGGCGUUCUCGGCAAGGACGAUUAGAGGCGACAGGAGGCCCUCAGGGGAACUUCGGCGAAUUCGGAAGAGAAGAUGACAGGAACGACUCCGAGGAUAGGAGGCCUCGAGAACUUCGCGGUGAAGAAGAUGACAGGAACGAUUCCGAGGACAGGAGGUCUCGAGAACUUCGCGGGGAAGAAGAAGAAGAUGACAGGAACGAUUCCGAGGACAGGAGGCCUCGAGAACUUCGCGGUGAAGAAGAUAACAGGAACGACUCCGAGACGGAGGCCUCAGAACUUCGCGGUGAAGAGAUGACAGACCGAUCCGAGGAGAGGCUCGAGAACUUCGCGGGGAAGAAGAAGAAGAAGAAGAGGACGACGACGAUGAUGAUGAUCCCGUCGUGGGUGUGGCAGCUUUGGCCUCCGAGGUGA